CCAUGCGGCGCCGAGGUGUUUGCAUCGAGUACGAUCAGCGGGUCUACGGCGUUUGGGCUUGUUGAUCUGUACGUAGGUGAGUGCCUAUAAAGCCAUUGGCACCUGGUCCUCGUAGCCCAUUUUCACUUCAUGCUGGUGCCUGUUAGGAUUUGACUGGCAUUGUUAUGACACGUGGGACCUCGGAGCGAAUUCCACACAUCUCACUAUGAAGCCUGUUUUCAUCGCGGCCCUGGCUCUCAUUGAGGGAGCCAGAGCUAGCGUGCAGGGAUUUGAUGUCUCGCACUACCAGUCAAGCGUCAACUUUGCAGCUGCAUACUCGUCCGGCGCACGUUUUGUCAUUAUCAAGGCCACCGAAGGUACCACUUACAUUGAUCCCACGUUUAGCUCCAAAUACACGGCAGCGACUAGUGCCGGCUUCAUUCGAGGCGGCUACCACUUUGCGCACCCAGGCGAAACCACGGGAGCUGCACAAGCCGACUACUUCACCGCACACGGGGGCGGCUGGUCCGGGGAUGGCAUCACGCUUCCUGGCAUGCUCGACUUGGAGUCGUCAAGCUCGUCGCAGUGCUGGGGCUUGUCGACAACAUCCAUGGUCGCUUGGAUCAAGGCCUUCAGCGACCGGUACCACAGCACCACGGGACGCUUCCCAAUGCUCUACACGAACCCAUCAUGGUGGUCAACGUGUACGGGCAACUCAAACGCUUUUGUCAGCACGAACCCUCUCGUACUCGCGCGCUACGCAAGUAGUCCCGGCACCAUUCCCGGCGGUUGGCCAUACCAGACCAUUUGGCAAAACGCCGAUACGUACACGUAUGGUGGCGACUCGGAUAUCUUCAACGGCGCAAUGACCGGGCUUGUUCAGCUCGCGACAGGAUAGAGAUGGGUGGCUUUGACAGUUCGGCUGCCAACUGGUUUGCUGGAACAAUCACACAAUGGACAUGUCAUGUUUUCACUCCGGGAAAGUUG